GUGAUCGAUAUUAUUUACAAGAAAAUUAUAAAUUAUGGUUCUGCUGUCAUGUGUCUUGAACGUCAAAACAACCUCAAGCCAGAACUGUCAGUAUGUCGGAAAUCAAAAGGAGGCCAUACAUAUGACUUCCUGUGUUAUAUGAGCUCUUUGGAAAAAAAAACUUCAGCCGCCACUGGUAAGUGUUAGAAAUUUUGUUUAUUCAUUCUGCUCUGAACCAAUCACACUACCCGACCGUUCGAAUCAACCAAUCAGAUCUUUCGUUGUCCAAUAACGGUACUAGAGGUAGACUUGUUAUUAUAAAAUAGGGUUAUGUGUUUAUUUGAUGAUGUCAAAAUUAUUAUUUUUUUCAGGGCAAAACUGAACUUUGAAACAUCUGUUUAUAGAGGAGAAACUUAAAACCUGAGUUUAAAGUCUAAACUGCAAUAUAAAUUGCUAUUAAUUCCUUUAAAUUUUCUACAAUUCAAUUCAUUUGCAUGCUAAGAAAUAGAGUACGAUGAUAAACUCUGGGAAACUAGCGGGUCGAACAGUCUUCAUAACAGGGGCAAGCAGAGGCAUAGGCAAAGCUAUAGCUCUAAAGGUAGCCAAAGAUGGGGCCAAUGUAGUAGUAGCUGCCAAAACAGCACAACCACAUCCCAAGUUGCCUGGCACUAUUUACUCAGCAUGUGAAGAAAUUGAAAAAGCAGGAGGCAAAGGUCUGCCCUGCAUUGUAGAUAUCAGAGAUGAAACAGCAGUACAAAAAGCUGUGGAUGAAGCUGUUCAGAAGUUUGGUGGUAUAGAUAUUCUUGUCAACAACGCAUCUGCAAUUUCAUUGACGGCCACUGAAGACACUGAUAUGAAGCGAUAUGAUUUGAUGCACAAUAUUAAUACUAGGGGAACAUUCUUAGUUUCAAAACUGUGCCUGCCACAUUUGAAGAAAAGUAAGCAUGCUCACAUCAUCAACCUUUCGCCACCGUUGAGUAUGAAUCCAAUGUGGUUCAAAAACCAUGUAGCAUACACAAUGGCCAAGUAUGGAAUGUCCAUGUGUGUGUUAGGAAUGCAUGAAGAGUUCAAGCCAUUCAACAUUGGCGUUAAUGCCCUAUGGCCUAAAACAGCAAUUCACACAGCAGCCAUCGAAAUGCUGACAGGCGCCGAAUCAAAAGCCUUUAGCCGGAAGCCAGAAAUAAUGGCUGAUGCAGCCUAUGCAAUCCUUACGCAGGAUCCGAAGACCUGCACGGGCAAUUUCUUUGUGGAUGAGAAGGUGCUGGCUGAAGCCGGCGUCACUGACCUGACACAGUAUGCCUUUGUACCUGAGAAUCAUGAUAAACUGAUGCCUGAUUUCUUCUUAGAUGAGAAUAUACCUCUUUUAACAGGUGCAACUGGACCAACCUUAGCACCAAAACCUGAGAGCAGCAGCAGCACCAGCAAAGUGGAAGCGGAAGGCGAGGUUGCGAAGCUGUUCAAAAAGAUUGAGGGCUCUAUUUCACCAGACACUGUGCAAAAGACCCAAGCUGUAUUUGCAUUUAACGUGACCGGAGAUGAAGCAGGGAAGUGGUAUAUAGAUUUGAAAAAUGGAAGCGGGUGCUGCGGAAGGGGAGAUCCUCCAGAAAAACCCGACGCGACUCUCAGCAUGGACAGCAAAAACUUCUUCAGUAUGUUUACAGGAAAGAUGAAACCAGCGACUGCUUACAUGAUGGGUAAACUCAAAGUACAAGGAAACCUCCAACAAGCAUUAAAACUGGAAAAGCUGAUGUCCAGUUUAAAAGCUAAAUUAUAAGAUCAAACUAUACGAUAAAUUGUUAUGUUAUUAUAGAUUUAUAUUUUUUAUCAUAUUUGGAUGUUGGAAUAAGAUUAUAUAACUUUAUAUUGUACCUUAAAAUAAUAAAAUAAAUGACUUUUUUAAUUAA